AUGGUGUCAAGGAGGAGCCGCAGUCCUGAUUCGUCACAUGAGAGGGACAGAGACAGGAAAGGAAAGAAGCCUAAGGUCUGUUGUUCAGAUGAUGAAGCAGAGGCAGGAAGCUCCAAGGAUCCUCUUGCCGAGUCUUAUAAACUGAUUGGGCUCAUGACCCCGGAACAUUUGAAACAACUCCAGAAGUGUUUGAACAACUUCGUCACAUGUCAUGAAGAGCUCAAAGUUAAAGAGGACGAAGCGGCACGCCGGAGGAAGGCUGCUGAAGAAGCUGCUAUGCAAGAGGAUAUGACAAGUUCAGACAUGAACAGUUUCGUCGUACACAAGCAUUACUUGCAGCAACAUGUGCCUGAGUCAUACUCACCAGAUGAGGAGGUAGAGCAGCUCCCGCAGGCUGAUUUGGAGGAAGAAAUAGAAGCAGACAAUUGGAAUGACUUUCCCAUGGGGCCUGUUGAUCCAGAAGAGGAGGAGUAUGCUCAAGCACUAGUGGAUGCUGAAGAUGAAGAAGAUGACGAUGAAGACUAUGUUGAAGAUGAGACAAGUGAAGUCACCGACGAAGAUGUGGAAGAAGAGAAUGAUGAAGAUGAAGAAGAUGAAUCUGAGGAAUUGAAUGAAUAUGACAAUUAUGAGGAAGAUUCUAUAGAUGAUGAUGAAUGA